AUGUCGACGUCAGCUCAGGAGGCCGCACCUUGGCCGCCCCUGCAGGAGAAGCUUAUCUUAAAGGGCUAUGAGACGACCGCUAUGCCAACACUCAUAUAUGGCACUGCUUGGAAGGCUGAAAAAACAGCCGACUUUGUGUACAAGGCCAUCAAGGCUGGCUUCCGGGGUAUUGAUACUGCUGGUCAGCCCAAGCAUUACAAAGAGCCUCUAGUCGGCGAGGGGAUUCGAAAGGCAAUCAAUGAGGGAAUAGUUACUCGAAAGGACCUCUAUAUUCAAACAAAAUUCUGUCCAGUUGGCGGUCAAGACCCCAACGACAUGCCAUAUGACCCUCAUCUACCCAUAACCGACCAAAUCCACGCCUCCAUCGCCUCAUCGAUUCGCAACCUCGCCACGCCUGAUCAGGAGACGCCAUAUCUCGACUGCGUGGUGCUGCACUCCCCCUAUUCCAAGGCGCGCGACACCCUCACUGCCUACCAAGUACUUUCCUCCUACGUGCCGCACUCCAUCCGACACCUCGGGAUCAGCAACGUCACGCUCGCAGAACUGCAGGCUCUCGUCGCCUCAGCAGACGACGGCGAUGUCGACAUCUCCGGCGCGCCGCUUCUGCCCCCGGCCGUCGUGCAGAACCGCUUCUACCGCGCGACCGCCUACGACGGCAAGCUGCGCGCCUGGUGCCGCGAGCGCGGCAUCGCCUUCCAGUCGUUCUGGACCCUGAGCGCCAACCGCGACCUGCUGCGGCACCCGGUCGUGGAGGCGGCGCGGCAGGCGGCGCAGGCGGGCGUGGGCGCCGAGCAGAACAUCACCAUCGACAAGGCCGUGGCGCUGUAUGCGCUGGUGCUCGGCCUCCGCGGCACGGCGAUGCUGGACGGCACUACGGACGAGGAGCACAUGCGCGGGGACGUCCAGGGGCUGGAGGCGGUGCGGAGGUGGACGGAGGGUGAGGGUCGAGAGACGUUCGGGCAGCUACUUGAGGACUUUAGGUGGGUGAUUGGAGAGGGCGGCCAGGCCUAG